CGUCCUCCAAUCUUGUUUCUGCACUUUUUCCGAAGAUCUCUGAGAAGACAUUUCAAAUCACCACAAUGUCCGAGUUGAUUGAUCUCCCGGCUGGUGUUCUUGAACGCAUCAUUUCGAUGCUUGACACGGAUACCAUCAAAGGCCUGCGACUGACUUGCAGGAAACUGAGCCGUUUUACGAGUCAAGUCUUAUUUCGGGUUAUUUCAUUGUACGACACGCCUAAGAGUUGCCGCUAUCUGCAGUCCAUUCUAGCCCAACCUCAUCUUCGAAAGGAAGUUAUCAAGCUAAGUCUGAAUACUGUAGAAGAUGACUACGACACUGACGAAGAAGAUGAAAUCGAGCCACCGCAGGGGUGGGAGGAGAUCCUGAGAAAUCUGUCGAGUUUACCAAAUCUUCAAAGCGUAGCUUUGCGCUUCGACAAGAAAUGUGCCUACGAAGUGGAUUGUCCCUACACAUAUGCUCCCCAGACUGAAGAAUAUCGAGCAACUCUCCUGCGAUGGCUAUUCGCGGGUUUGAUAGACUUGCCUCGGCCACUAAAAGAACUCGCAAUUCAAAACCAUCAGAAUCUGACCCCAAUAUCACGUAACGUGUCGAAUUGGAUGGAUGAAGUUCUGGGAACGCUGGAAACUUUGAGACUCAACGUGGUGCAUGAACGCGACUUUGCGGCUCCGGAAAGUGAAAUGGAGAAAGAACCUGUGCAUGAUUUCUACAAUCGGGUAUUACGGUGGACUUGGUUGAAGCCCUGCAUGUCCUCACUGCGAAAGCUGUCGCUCUAUUCAUCACAUCAAUGGGGCUUCUAUCCCAAAAUCGACCUCGAAGAUAUCCACUUCCCAAAUCUUCAGUCGUUGACGCUGGGAAACUUUUCCUUUUGCGAAGACAAGCAAUUGAACUGGAUUCUAGCGCAUUCAUCCACUCUCGAGGAGCUACACAUGGACCGCUGUUUUAUAGUAUUCUAUGUCAGGAUUCCUGAAAACGAAGAGAUAUUGGAAGACAUUCUGGCGAGGACCCCGCUGAUGGAAUCUGAUAUGGAAAGCGCCCCAGAACACCCUGGGUGUCUGGUGUACCACUAUCCGCGUCGUUGGCAUGACUAUUUCACAUCUAUACAAAACGGUCUUCCGCAACUUUCUCGUUUCGGAUUCGGGAACAGUCCAUCUUGGGAGAAAAACCGCUAUUUGCCAUUUGUUGGCGAUUUCAUAUUUUUUCCUUUUAAUAUUCCUCCGGGGAUUGAAUGGCCGGAGUGUGAUCAGCAAGAUCAAGCUGCCCUCGAGGCUUUGCAUCGAGUGACUGGUCAAAGAGCCGACUUUGGCUAGAUGAUGAUUGGCGGUUUUUUGUUGCAUAGAAAAACAAAAAAGAAAUUGAUAUAAGCCCCCAUACUUUCUGUGAUGCCCUCUUCUGGGCUGUUCCUGACGAUCCCAUCAUUAUAGGUAGAGAGGAGUCAUCAUCAAGGUAUCUGCACCCAGGGAAUGUAAUCCAAAGCAAAGAUUCAAAAAGGAAUCACUCUUCCACAGCCCUAACAAUCCUCUUCAGCGCACGCUCCAAAUAAUCCCUUGGCUGCGUAAACACAAUCCUAAACCACCCAUCCUUCUCCGAACCAAAAAGCGCCCCACUAGCCAAAAACACCUUCUCUUCCAACAAUCGCCGCAUAACCUUCUCUCCAACCUCUUCCUCGGCAGAAAUCUCUCCAUGGAGCUCCCGAUAUCUCUUUCCCAGAUCGACCCAAAGGAAAAAUGCAGCAUUGCAACCAGUCGCGUAUUGGAUGCUGUGCUUCUUCAAAAACUCCACGGCAAAUGCAUAAGACUCUGACAGCCUCCUCUGAUUCUCUUGAAUAUACCCCGUCGUAAACUCAUCAUCUUCCAAUAGACUCGCAACUAAGUGGUCUGCGAUUCCUGAGGAAUAGGAGUACAGCGAGAUCGCGCGGAGUGCACCGUGGAAUUCCGGACUGGACUGAGAGAUAAUCACGCCGAGACGGAGACCAUUUGCGCCAAAGUCUUUACUCAUGCCCCAAAGGACGUGCACGAGUUUGGGAUCAAUGAUCCCAUUCAAAUCAAUUGAUAGCGCAGACUCGAAGGUGACUGGCGGCGGGUACUCGUCCACUGUAUUUUCGAAGACAGACAAGGCAUAGAUCUCGUCGCUGAUUAGGUGGAUCUGAUACUUCUGGCACAGCUGCAUCAAUUUGACGAUCACCUCGUGGGGGUAGCAUCGGCCUAGCGGGUUAUGCGGGUGACACAGCAUCAAAGCUUUGACUUUCUUCCCGGUCGAGUUUUGAAACGCAAGAAGAGCUUCUUCGUACUUCGAUACAGCCGCGGCGCUGAACGGAUCCACGUCUUCAAAGUUCACGGGGAUAACCGUCGCACCAGGCCUCGUUGAGAGAUCCGGGAUGAACGUGCCGUAGAACGGCUUGCCAAGUAGUAUUCCCUCACCGGGAUCCGUAAAGGCCCAUGAUACAUGCUCGAUGGCAGGAGAGACGCCGUUCGUGACGACCAAGUGCUCCGCAUCAAGCGGUAUAACGGGCUUCAAAUGGCGGUUCAGAAACUGGGCGAUACUACGUCGGAGUCUGUUCGAGCCGCCGCCGCCGUCGUUGUAGGUGAGGUACUCAGCAGGUAAUUGAGGAUUUUUGUUAAGGUAUUGCAGGAGUUCGGUGUGCAUGAGGGCGUUCUCAGCGACGCCGACGUUGAUGUAGCCAUUUGGGUUGGAUGCUGGGCACCAAGUGUCGACUAGGAUGUCCCACAUUAGGUUCUGGGCUGCAGCAGAUGAGGCAUCCUGAGCGCGAAGGGAUAAGGUAGAGCCCGUUUGCUGUGACAUUUUGGACUUUGGACUGUGAAGAUAAUUUGCGAUAGGAUGAAAUUUCGUGCCGCUUUGGUAGGGCUGAUGUGUGCGGGGUCUUAUAGAUCCCAGGUCGUUUUGUCUUUGUAGGUAAUGAACCAGAGCUGGGCUCCCGCUAUAGAGAUUGUGACUCAAGGUUGUCUCUGUUGGACCUCGUAUAAUGCAGGCUUUGGGGUACCGGCUAUCUUCGGGCGGUCCAGCGAGAGUUUUGAGGGUCG